AUUUCUAAACCUAGCGCCGCUCUGUACUAUCUGCACUCCAAAAAUUUAACUUUGAAGUGAAACCCGCCGCUCCGCCGUCAGCAUCUACCCUAGCGCCGCCGGCCGCCCAGCAGCAGCCUUCUCACCGGACAGGACACAGCGAAAUCCCUCCACCUCCAGCAGCAGCAGAUGGAUCGUGAAAACACGCCUCCUCAGUUUAGGAACACAGCGAAAUCCCACCAUCUUCAUCAAGAAAUCAUCGAAGAAAUUCAGUCAAGAUUGCCGGUGAAAUCACUCUUGAGAUUCAGGUGCGUUUCGAAAUCAUGGCAGUCUUUGAUUGGCAGCAAACGCUUCAUCAAAACCCAGCAUCAAAAUUCAAUGAAAAACCCAUCUUUACCCCAUCAAAGGGUCAUUAUACAGAAGGAUCUUUCUGCUAAUCCUGUGCAAUGUUCUCUGCUAUCGGUUUUGAGCGAACAAACGAAUACUAUCCCUGCAUCUCCUCUACCCAAUCCAAUGCGAUUUCUAAUUAUGGGGAGCUGUAAUGGGUUGCUCUGCAUUCGUGAGCAUCCAAGUAUUGGGGAACAAAGUAGAUUUCACUUGUGGAACCCAUCCACUAGAAUCUCCAAGAAACUGCCACAAAUUUUUAAUUGCGGCUAUGUUAAAGCUGUGGGGUUCGGUUGGGUUGAAUCGAGUGAUGAGUACAAGGUGUUUGUGAGUUUUGGUAAUUCAGAUUAUCGUGCCCGGCAGAUAAAAUCAGUUUGUAAAGUUUAUAGUUCAAAGACAAAAUCAUGGAAAACAAUGGAGCACUGCGCGGAUUUAUAUUCAUGUGGUGUAACGGGGAUAUUUGCAGGUGGGAAGCUUUACUGGAAGAACGGACAUGAAAAAGUUAUUACUUUCUUGGACUUGAAGAGUGAGGUGUUUGGAAGGAUUGAGAUUCCCCUCGGUCAAGAGAAGUACUGUGUUGUGGGUGUGCUUGGUGGUUUCCUUUGUGCGCUAUGUUAUAUUGACUCGUCUAGAGAAGUCGUUCGAGUUUGGGUUAUGAAGGAAGAAGCUUGGAAGAGAGUGGCGACGUUUGCUAAUCUUGUUGAGCUUCUUCAGCCAGCACCAUUGGUGGUGGGUCCAAAGGGCGAGAUUUUGGUAAAUUUUGGAUCCAUCUUGUUGGUUUACGAUCGUCAGGAUAAUGUUUUCCGCUGCCCUGAGGUUAAUUUCCGUUACAGUCCACGUGUCUACGUUGAAAGUUUAGUCUCGCCAGAAGAUGUAUGAAAGCUUGAAAUAAAAUCUUAGGACAUGAUGAUGAGUGAUUUCAUAGCAUGCUAUUUCUUGACAAUAUUAUGUUUAGUAUACAUAUAGUUUGAUUUGAUUAUGCAUAAAUGG